AUGCGUUGCUUCUUACUGUUCAUCUCAUUUUCCAUUCUUCUUCAUGUUCAACAAUCUACACAAGAUGACUUACAGACUAUAAAGAUGAAGCAAAGAUUAGUACAACAAAAAUUACUAUGGAAUGAAGCAAAUUUGAAGAAGAACAAUGCAACUUUGACUAAUCUAGCCAAAAGAUUACAAGAAACAAUAGAAAACAUCAAUACUCGACUGUCACCUCACCGGUUGUCUGUUGAUAAAUAUGUUGCCUGUAUAAGUAAACAGAUGAAAGCGGAUACUGGAGUCGAACUUAUGGAAAGUUUAGUGGAAGCUAUUGAGAAAGAAAAGAAGAUUUCAAAAUUUAUUACUAGUGACACAGAGGAGAUGAAGGAGUGCUUUCAGAAUAAGAAAAAGAUAUAUGAAGCAAUAUCGAAAAGUGAAGGAUGGGAAAAAUGCUCGCCUGACCAUCCGGAAGCCCUCAAUGACGAAAUUGAUGAAAUGACCAAUCUGAUGACCGAACUGUAUAGUGAAAUCAAAAAACAAGCGGAGACUGUAUUUAAACGGAAAUUGUACACAUUCAGAUCAAAUGAACUGGAGCAAAUGAUACCAGAAGAUGAGUGAUAUGAAGUGAAUUAAACUGAGGUGAUUGCUUAAGAAAUGUCACCUCAUCUUGUUUCUUACUUGAAACGAUAAUAUUUAGAGCCAACACUUGUACUUUCAAUAAAUUCUUCUUCAGUCUCUACACUUAUAAAUCCAUUGAUUUUAACAUCUACUGGCCAGCUAAGGUGAAUUGGAAUUAUGUCAGUAAUUGUAUUGUGCUACAAGUACAAAAUAAAAUAAUAGUCGUUCAUUUUGGAUUGCCAUUUCC